AACCGAUAACAAACUCUAUAUAUCACAAAAUGAUAAAAUUAAAGCUGGAUAUGCUAACCUCCAAUCCGUUUUGGAUUCAAUGUGGUGACUAAAAUAGCACUUGGAGUCCUCCCAUAUGACUUGUACUUCAGGCAGAAAUCUGCUGCAGCUUUGUCCCAUAUGUAUAGUUUCAUCAAUGGUCCGCUAUAAUAUUUAAACUCAAAUGUUAAGAUAAACACACAUACAAAAUGUCGAUAUUAAUGGGCAAACUUACCCACGUGUCUGCACAUGAACCCUCAGAUGCCGCUUCUUUGCUAUAUCAACUCCGUUAAGGAUGGGACAGUCCGUCAGAGGCUGCUCAUUGACCAACUUCAUGUGUCCAAGAUAAUCUGAAAUAGUAAGAGUUGAGUUUGGUAAUUAUCGAACUUAUACUCUUAAAAAAGUAACAAAUGUAUGUCUAUAUAGGUUAAGUUCGGUGAAUAUCCAAGUUAUACAAUAAUAAUAACAUCAAAACGUAUGUAUACUAUACUAAAACUUAACCCACAGAUUCAUGACUAAAUAAAUUCAGCAGUUGUUCACAGACUGAAGACUUAACCUCAAGAUUUAAGAGUAAACCCCAACUGUAGCUCAAUUGACUCCUACUUGCGAACGACAAUUAGAUAGAGGACUUACCAUAAAGGUCAACCUUGAGGUCACAAUUAGCUUCAAACUCCUCGUGGCUACGGAACCUGAACCAGUCUUCCUGAAAAGGAACCGGACUGUCCUAAAGAACCGAGAGGACAAAGUUCAAAGCUAACGAAAUGGUGACACUAUGAUCAGCGACACUGGACUGAUCUUUGCUUCUGGACCCGUAAAACUUGUUCAGUAAAUAAACAGAACCUGCUUUCAAGUGAGGCAUAUACGUCUCAACCGUCCUGCUAAGAUAAAACCUUGAAUAACCGUUUCCUGACAACCAAACAAAAUAGAAGAUUAAAAGUGUUACUAUGACAACCAUUAUCAUGAGAUGGAACAACUUGAUGCAUUCGUUGAUUUAAUAAAAAGUAAUAAAAUUUCGAAUGGAAUCAGUUGCUCAGACCAUCAUAUGAAAGGCUUAAAACGAAACUAAGAUCAGAUAAAAAACCACAUCCUGGCCAUUAGCUAGAGUAGAACGAUGAGAACGUGCUUAUCUACAAAACAGAGAGAUCGAUGAACCUGUGCUAUCUACAAAACAGAAAGCUCUCUAUAAAAAAAAACUGCUUGCGAGCUGUAGCUUCUAUUGUGGCUUGAAGAUAUACGUUCACUCCAGGAACGAACAAACUUCAGGAAUUUACCAAAUCAGUUGCCAAAGGUUCGUCAGCGAAAUAAGUGAACAGAAUUUCCAUGGAAUUCCCAAGUUCUUUUCAAUGAUCCAACAAACCUGAGAAAGAAUGGAUUAAUAGAAACUAUAUGUCACUAAACAACUCAGUUGGCAUUAUACUUUAGAUAAAUCAAACCAAAGUUAAUAAGAUCAAGCAUCCAAGUAUUCAUAUGAGGUUGAAAUAUAAAAGAAAGUACUGUUAUUUUUAUGUAGGAGUAUGAUAAAUAGAAAUCACUCUAUAGAAGUACAUCAUGCCGAGAUGGAUUGCAAUAUGAUUCAUAUAUUUCAUAGCUCUCUUAUCAUUACGUAAAUGUUACUAUAUAUCAACCGAUCAAUAGAAGACGGACCUGCUCGUCAAUGAGGAGCAUCUCCACGCCAGUGAGUGUCUUCGUGUUUGGGUUUCGAGCCUCCCAAAAAUGUAUCAGACGAAACCGUAACUCCUCUUGAUGUGGGCGCAUUGUGACAUCUCUGAAGAACAUCACAUCGUCACCGUGCGCGGAGGAAGAUUGCGAUCUCGGAAUGGCAGAGGAAACAGCGGUUUUGCCGUUUGGUUUGAUUGCAAUCUCGGAAGCUGCAACGGACUUCCCGGUAGGUGUCUUCGAAAUCGCGGAGGAGGAAAGGAUCUUCCGUUUUGGCUUCCGAUCGCUGGAUACUGGAGAUUUGCCGGUGGAUUCCAUUGCCGUAGAUUCUUGAGAGGAUAUUAUCGAUUUUAAUCGGAGAAAAAUAUGAGAAAAGUGUUUUAUAGAGAGAUUGAUAGAGGGGAAGACGAAAGGGAACCUUUGAAUGAGCUAUGAUUACACGAAGGUUUGAUUAGAGAAGAUAGUGGAGAGGUGGUUCGUCUGAUCUACGAAACGGUUUUGGGGAGAUGAGGAAUGGAAGAUGAGAAGUAGGGUUCGGCGAUUAUGUUCAACAUGCCUAAAUGAUGAGUUUAUGUUUGACAUGCCAAAAUAUUAAACAGACCGAAUUAAAAAUUGAAGCCCACAACCACAAUAAUCCGUAUCUGACGUGGACAAUUAAUAGAACAUGAGUGGAUGAAUAUAAUUGUCUGACGUGGACAGGCUAAGAGGAGCUCAUAUCACCCUUUUAGUAUUGUAUUGAUUAGUUCAAAUGAUGGAGGAGAAGCCAAAGUUCAAGACUGUCCAAGAGGUGGUUGCAGCCAACGAAGGACUACCAGAAAGAUAUCUUCAACCACUCACCGACGACCGUGAAGAUCAACCUCUUAAUGGUCCAGUGCCGGAGAUGGAUAUUCCAUCCAUUGAUCUAAGUCUUCUACUCUCUUCUUCUGAAAAUGGUCGGCAAGAGUUGAGUAAACUUCACUCGGCACUCUCUAAAUGGGGAGUUGUUCAGGUUAUGAAUCAUGGAAUCACAGAAGCGUUUCUCGACAAGAUCUACAAGCUAACGAAGCAGUUCUUUGCGCUUCCGACAGAAGAGAAGCAGAAGUACGCAAGAGAUAUUGGUAAUGUCCAAGGAUAUGGAAGCGACAUGAUUCUUUCAGACGACCAAAUUCUCGACUGGAUCGACCGUUUGUUUCUCACUACUUACCCUAAAGAUCAGCAACACCUUAAAUUCUGGCCUGAAGUCCCAACCGAAUUCAGGGAAACUUUGCAUGAAUACACAAUGAAGCAACACGCAGUGAUUGAGCAGUUCUUUAAGGGCAUGGCUAGAUCGUUGGACUUGGAAGAUAAUGUCUUUCUAGAGAUGCAUGGAGACAAUGCUAGGAUGGAUACAAGGUUCAACAUGUAUCCUCCAUGUCCAAGGCCGGACAUGGUUAUUGGGGCUAAACCGCACGGUGAUGGCUCAGCUACUCUUCUCUUACCGGACAAAGAUGUGGAAGGGCUUCAGUUCUUGAAAGAUGGGAAAUGGUAUAAAGCUCCAAUAGCCCCUGACACAAUUCUGAUCAAUGUAGGAGAUCUUAUGGAGAUAAUGAGCAAUGGAAUCUACAAGAGCCCGGUUCAUAGAGUGGUGACUAAUAGAGAAAAAGAAAGGAUAUCUGUGGCAACGUUUUGCGUUCCGAGUCCAGACAAAGAGAUUCAGCCUGUGGAAGGGCUUGUGUCUGAUGCAAGACCAAGAUUGUAUAAAACAGUUAAGAAGUACGUGGAGCUCUACUUCGAUUCUUAUCAACAAGGUUUAAAGCCUAUUGAAGCUGCACUAAUCUGAAAGAAAAUUCAAGUCUCUUCUGUAAUUUCUCUUACUUUAAAAACAAAAUAUAAAAAUAAUACGUUGCUUUAUCUGUUGGCAUGUGAUGCUGCAUUGUAUUAGAUUGCAUUUCUGCGAGACAAUAAAGAUGUUGUUGCACUAUUUUAUUAUAAUUUUUUUUCCCUUCAAAAACUACAAGAAUAAAAUAUAUUUUG